AUGACGAGCCUCACCCACAGCCACAGCCACGCCGGCCACGGCCACCACCACCACCACCACGACAACACAUUCUUGCUGUCCAAGAACAAGAAUGAUGCCGGCGUGCGCAUCACCCGCAUCGGGCUGUACGUCAACCUGGGCAUGGCCGUGGGAAAGGGGCUGGGCGGCUACGUCUUCCACAGCCAGGCGCUCACCGCCGACGCCAUCCACAGCCUGACGGACCUCGUCAGCGACGUCAUGACGCUGGCGACGGUCGGCUGGUCAUUGAAGCCGCCCUCGCCGCGCUUCCCCAGCGGCUACGGCAAGGUCGAGAGCCUGGGCUCGCUGGGCGUGAGCGGCAUCCUGCUGGUCGGCGGCUUCAUGAUGGGCUGGUCCGCCCUGAUCACCAUCAUGCAGCAGUUCUUCCCCGGCUUCGCCGAGGCCGUCGCCAACCUGGGGCUGCUCGCCCACAGCCACCACCACCACGGCGCCGACGACCUGGGGCCCAACAUCAACGCCGCCUGGCUGGCCGCUGCCUCGAUCCUGAUCAAGGAGUGGCUGUACCGAGCGACACUCAAGGUCGCCAACGAGCGCAAGUCGACCGUGCUCGCCUCCAACGCCUACCACCACCGCGUCGACUCGCUCACUGCUUUGGUUGCGCUUCUCCUGAUUGCCGGCUCCAACGUGCUCAACAAUGCCGCAUGGCUGGAUCCCGUCGGCGGCCUGGUCAUCUCCCUCAUGGUCGUGCAGGCCGGCUGGGGCAACACCAGGUCGGCGCUGUUUGAGCUCGCUGACGUCGGCGUCGAGGACGAAAUGAAGGAGAACGUCACCCAAGCCGCCGCCAAGGCCCUAGAGAGCAUCAGCACUGCGACUGACAAGGUCGCGGUGCGAGCUGUGCAGGGCGUCAAAGCGGGCCAGAACUACCUCAUGGACAUUGAGGUCGGUGUCCCCGGAUCAUGGACCGUCGAACAGACACGCGUCGUCGAGGACAUGCUCCGCGAGCGGGUGGGCGCAAAGGUCAGGGGCGUCAAGAAGGUCCGCGUCCGCUUCGUCGCCGACAGCACCGGCGAGCCCGACUUCCUCGACGAGUUCAUCACCGGCGACGCCACAGGGACGACGACGCCUGCGUCAGGGCACAGCCACGACCUCGAGCACGAGCACGAGCACGACCACGACCACAGUCUCGAGCACGACCACAACCACGAGCACGACCACAAUCUCGAGCACAAGCACAGCCAGAGCACCGACACAGCGCGGAGGAGGAAGUGA